AUGUCACCUACAAAUCAUUGUCACAGAUGCAAACUACCCAUAAUAAUAGAUCCAUCGUUGAUAAAUCUCACAAAGGCACAAUCAUCACUGCUCACGUCUGGUAGAAAUGGAUUUGGAAAGGGAAAUAGUACUAGUAAAGAAACAGAAUUAGGUGAUGAACCAUUCAUCCCAAAAGAAAGAUCAGAUUUGUUACAAAAGGCUACCCAGUCAUCCAAAAACCAAGCACAGUUCCCCAAGAAAUCAUAUGAAGCCACUGAUUCGUUUGUUAUCUUGUCACAAUUUGAAAAUGAUGAAUCAGAAGAGAAUGGCGUUGAUUCGGACAUUGAUAUUGAUAAUAAGACACUUUCAAAUAGAUUAAAUACUUUAUCAAACAUUUUCAAUGUGUUAUCGUCCAAGAAUGAAAUUGAUUAUCCUGUUUGUAAAGAUUGUGCUCAAUUACUUUUAACACAAUUGAAAAUUAAAUAUGAUAAAUCUGUUAAAGAGAGAGAAGUUUAUAUGCAAUUUCUUUCAAAAUUACAAGAUAAACAAGCACCAGUUGUGGAAAAAUCACAAGAGUCAAUUGAUGAAAUGAAUAAAUUAGCAAAUCAAGAAAAUGAAUUAUUGGAGGAAUUAAAAGCAUUAGAAAAAGAAAAUGAUGAUCUUGAUGAUGAAAUCAAAACAGUAACCGAGGAAAUUAAAAAUAUUGAUUUACAAGAACAACAAAUGUAUAAAGAAGAAAAUGAAAAAGAAUUAGAAAUUAGAAAUGUAUUAAAUGAAAAAGAUGCUAUUAAAGCAGAAUAUGAUUUUAAUGUAUCACAAUUGGAAAAACUAAGGAAAACUAAUGUUUAUAAUGAUACAUUCAAUAUUUCACAUGAUGGUCCAUUUGGAACAAUCAAUGGUCUUCGACUUGGUAGUCUGGAGAGUACAAAAGUACCAUGGCAAGAAAUAAAUGCAGCAUUGGGACAUCUUGUAUUAUUAAUGGCUACUGUUAGUGCAAGAUUAAAUUUUAAAUUACAAGGUUAUAAAUUAAAACCAAUGGGGUCAACAUCCAAGAUUGAAAAAUUUGAAAGAGAUUUAUCAAAUCCUUCUAAACCAAAAGUUACAGUAUUAGAAGUUUAUUCAUCUGGUGAAUAUCAAAUUGAAAGAUUAUUUACACAUUCAAAAUUAGAUAAUGCCUUAGUAGCAUUAUUAGAAAUAGUAUCCCAAAUUGCUAACAAAUUAAAAGAAUUGGACCCAAGUAUAGAUCUUCCUUAUAAGAUGAUUAAAGAUAAAAUAGGAGAUGCUAGUAUUAGGUUAUCAUCUAAAACCGCUAGUGAAGAAUGGACUGGAGCUUGUAAAUUUUUAUUAACCAAGUGA